CUUUGCAAGGAUGAAGGUGAAAGACAAGAGCGAUUUCGACACCGGCAAGUACAUCCGCUACACUCCCGAACAGGUGGAGGCAUUGGAGCGCGUCUACCAUGAGUGUCCCAAGCCCAGCUCCAUCCGGAGGCAGCAGAUUGUGAGGGACUACCCGGUUCUUGGCAACAUCGAGCCCAGGCAGAUCAAAGUGUGGUUCCAGAAUAGAAGAUGCCGUGAGAAGCAGAGAAAAGAGACGUCUCGGCUCCAAAGCGUGAAUUCGUCGCUCACGGCCAUGAACAAGAUUAUAAUGGAGGAAAACGAGCGACUUACGAAGCAUAGCUCGCAGCUGGCUCUGGAGAAUCAGUGCCUCCGUCAGCAGCUCCAGCAGAUCCGAAGUGGUGGUGGCGCCGCGGAUCCUGAUAAAAAGUCCGCCGCGGCUGCUGACCGAUUUAAUGAUCAGUCAGCGUUGGCUUUGGCUGACAGAAGCCCCGAUUCGGAGGUUACUGGAGGAGUGCCUCAACAUUUAGCAAUUACACCUCAGAGUCCACGAGAUUCAAGCCCCGCUGGACUGUUGAGCAUUGCAGAGGAGACUUUGAACUCAUUUCUUGCAAAGGCAACAGGAACUGCGGUGGACUGGAUCCAGAUUCCUGGGAUGAAGCCUGGUCCGGAUUCAAUUGGCACUGCAGCCAUCUCACAUGCUGGUGCUGGUAUAGCUGCUCGCGCUUGGGGUUUAGUAGAGUUGGAGCCCAUCAGGGUCGCGGAAAUACUGAAAGAUCGUCCCUCUUGGCUGUGGGACUGUCGUCGUUUGGAAGUUGUGGGAUCGUUUCCUACUCCAAAUGGUGGGACUCUAGAACUUGUCUACACUCAGAUGUAUGCUCCCACAACGCUAGCUCCUGCGCGCGACUUUUGGACGUUGCGAUAUACCAUCUUUCUUGAGGACAGGAGUUUAGCUGUUUGUGAGAGAUCGCUAACUGGCAUUCACAACAAACCAGCUAUUAAAAAUGGCGACUUUGAGAGGGCAGAGAUGUUGCCGAGUGGAUUUCUCAUCAGGCCUUAUGAGGGUGGUGUCUCCAGCAUCCACGUUGUUGAUCAUUGGGAUUUGGAGUCGUGGAAAGUGCUGGAGGUGCUGCGACCUUUGUACGAGUCGUCCGUCAUCCUUGCUCAGCGAGUUACUCUCGGGGCUUUGCACCAUCUGAAGCGGAUUUCGCAAGAGUCGUCCGGUGAAGUGUUGAUGAGAGGCGGGCAACAGCCAGCUGCUUUACGUGCAUUUAGUCACCGCAUUGCAAGGGGAUUUAACGAUGCAGUUAACGCUUUCGCAGAAGAUGGCUGGACUUCUGAUGGUGGCGAUGAUGUUACAAUCUCAAUCAAUACGGCACUGGGUGCAAAAGCUGCUGGUGCUCAGGGCGGUGAUAGGUUCUGUGCCUUCGGUGGCAUCUUGUGUGCUAAGUCAUCCAUGCUUCUACAGAAUGUGCCCGCGGCUACGCUGAUUCGCUUCUUGCGUGAGCACCGCUCAGAGUGGGCUGGAGUUAACAUUGCCUCGGACUCCGUAUCUACUUUAAAGAUUGGUGGAUACGGUACGUCGAAAGGGAAUGCUGAUGAGGAGUGUCUUUUUCCAGAGCUGCUGGAAGUUAUCAAGAUGGAAGGAUAUGGGAACGGAAUGCUCCCAAAAGACACGGUCCUUCUCCAGUUAUGUACUGGAUACGAAGACACUGCAUCUGGGACGUGUGCUCAGCUUGUGUUUGCACCGGUUGAUCCAGCUGUUUCGAACGAUAUCCCCCUUCUUCCGUCGGGAUUUCGAGUUAUUCCCCUUGACAACGGCCUUGAUGCGUCAGCCUUGUCUCGCACUCUAGAUCUCACUUCGACACUCGAAGGGAGUGCUGACGGCGGAAAGUUUCCCGACGAUUUUUCUGGUUCAGGAGGCAACAUGCGCUCCGUCUUGACCAUGGCCUUUCAGUUCGUGUUUGAAGCUCACAACCGUGAGGAGAUAAUCGCCAGUGCUCGACAGUACGUCCGAAACGUCAUGGUUUCCGUCCAGAGCAUUGCCAUGGCACUGGCCUCGUACCGCCUGUCUCCUCCACAGCAAGGCCCGAAGCAGCAGGAGGCCAAAAUCUUUGCCCUCCAGAUAAUGCGUAGCUACAGGGCGAGUUUCAACGUGGAGUUCAAUGAAUCCCAACCGGAGAGCACCGAUGCGUUCUGGCACGACAAGAACGCAAUCCUUUGCUGCACUUGGAAGGCGAUACCGGAGUUCAUAUUCGCCAACAGAGCCGGACUGGAAAUGAUGGAAACCACUUGGCGUGAUCUGCACAGCCUUCCUUACGAGCGCACAUUCGAUGCAACAGGAAGAGAGACGGCUUACUCCGACUUUGCGCAAGUCAUCCAUCAGGGGUAUGCGUAUCUCCACGGUGGGAUACGUCUGUCCAGCAAAGGCCACCCCGUGACUUACGAUCGAGCAAUGGCCUGGAAGGUUUUCGACGACGAUGGCGCGGUCGUGUGCAUUGCUUUUAUGUUCACGGACUGGUCCAUCGUCGCGUGAGAUCGUCGCGAAGAACCAAGAGAGCGAGAGAGACAACUCCAACUAUAUAUUGCCAGUGGUAUGUAUUUGUAUUGUUGUAUCAAAUUAGAGGAUUUUACACUAAAGAUCUUGAAAAAGCUUUGGAAGAA